CUCUGCUGGAGCUUGGGGCCUGGAGGAAACCCGGGCUGCAGAUUUAGACGUAGACGUUUGGGAGGACGUACAGCUGCAGAGGUCUGGCUCCUUAUGCCUGUGUCUUCUUCUCCGUGAGCGGCGCUCAGCUGCUUUUCGUUUAUUAUGAUUAAUUUUAGGGACACCGUCACGGGCACAGUUAUUUCUUUUCGAGUUGGGAGCCUUUGGAGUCAGCACAGAGAGCUCGCGAGUAGAGUUAUAAGGGUUCAGUCAAUAAUAAACUUGGAAAAGGACAGCGUCGGUGAUCGUAUGGACAGAGGUGAACGAGAGGCAAACUUCACCGCGGCCUUUAGCCUUUGUGGAUAAGAUUUCUGCUUUGCUCCUCUUGAGUCAUGCAAACUCGGAAUUCUUCAUCGUAGGAAACCAACCUCAGAGAGGCAGACAGGAUGGCUAGCUCCGCCCGGGAGCAUUUGCUUUUCGUGCGACGUCGAAAUCCACAGAUACGGUACACACUGAGCCCCGAGAACCUCCAGAGCCUCGCAGCCCAGAGCUCCAUGCCGGAGAACAUGGCCCUGCAGCGAGCCAACAGCGACACGGACCUGGUGACGUCCGAGAGCCGCUCCAGCCUGACUGCCAGCAUGUACGAAUACACGCUGGGGCAAGCCCAGAACCUCAUUAUCUUCUGGGACAUUAAGGAAGAGGUAGACCCCAGCGACUGGAUAGGACUCUAUCACAUAGAUGAGAAUUCUCCAGCCAACUUCUGGGAUUCUAAAAACAGGGGUGUGACUGGAACCCAAAAAGGACAGAUUGUAUGGAGAAUUGAGCCUGGACCCUACUUCAUGGAACCGGAGAUCAAAAUCUGUUUCAAGUACUACCAUGGCAUCAGCGGAGCCCUGCGCGCCACAACCCCCUGUAUUACUGUGAAGAACCCAGCUGUGAUGAUGGGAGCGGAAGGCAUGGAAGGAGGUGCUUCCGGAAGUCUACAUUCUCGGAAACUCGUCAGCUUCACGUUGUCAGAUCUCAGGGCAGUUGGGCUCAAGAAAGGGAUGUUCUUCAAUCCUGACCCUUAUCUUAAGAUGUCCAUUCAGCCAGGGAAGAAGAGCAGUUUCCCUACGUGUGCCCACCACGGCCAGGAGAGAAGGUCUACUAUCAUCAGCAACACCACCAAUCCCAUUUGGCACAGAGAGAAAUACUCCUUUUUUGCACUUUUAACUGAUGUCUUAGAAAUCGAAAUUAAAGACAAAUUUGCCAAGAGCCGCCCUAUCAUCAAGCGUUUCCUGGGGAAGCUAACCAUUCCGGUGCAGAGGCUGCUGGAGCGGCAAGCCAUCGGUGAUCAAAUGCUCAGCUAUAACCUCGGCAGAAGGCUCCCAGCUGACCACGUGAGUGGCUACCUCCAGUUUAAAGUAGAAGUCACAUCUUCCGUCCACGAAGAUGCAUCUCCGGAGGCUGUUGGCACCAUUCUCGGGGUCAGCACUGUUAACGGAGACCUGGGCAGCCCUUCUGAUGAUGAGGACAUGCCAGGGAGCCAUCAUGACAGUACUGUUUGUGCUAAUGGGCCAGUGUCCGAGGACAGUGCUGCUGACGGGACCCCCAAGCACUCUUUCAGGACUAGCUCUACUCUGGAGAUUGACACAGAGGACUUAAUCUCUACUUCCUCAAGAACCUCACCUCCCAGAGGCCGCCAGGAUUCGCUCAACGAUUACUUGGAUGCUAUUGAACACAAUGGCCCCUCCAGGCCAGGGGCAGCCACCCCCUCUGAGCGGUCCAUAGGAGCCUCUCCCAAACUGAGGAGUAGUUUUCCCACUGACACCAGACUCAAUGCGAUGCUUCAUAUAGACUCGGAUGAAGAGGACCACGAGUUCCAGCAAGACCUAGGCUACCCGUCUUCCUUGGAGGAGGAAGGAGGCUUGAUCAUGUUCAGCAGGGCAUCCAGAAGUGACGCUGGGAGCCUGGCAUCUCAGACCAAGCCAGAGGACGACAACCCCAUUGAGAAUGAGGAUGCCUCUGUGCAUGAAGCUGCUUCCUUAGAAGAGAGGCCCGAGAACCUUCCAGAGGUUGCAGACAGCUCCUUGCCCGCAAGUGCAGCCCCUGAGGACAAUGAAGCCAGCCUAGAGCCCCAUCCCAGUGCUGACCAGGGCAGCACUGAAUUCUCAGGCUCUCAAGAGGCCGAUCAGCCCACCAGUGGUGCAGACACAGGAGGAGCCUCUGAUACAUCUGGAGGGAGCCGCAGAGCUGCCAGUGAGACCGAGUCCCUGGACCAGGGAUCUGAACCUUCCCAGGUGUCCUCUGAGACCGAACCCAGUGACCCUGCCAGGACAGAGAGUGUGAGUGAGGCCAGCACCAGACCCGAGGGAGAGAGUGACCUGGAAGGAGCUGACAGCUCAUGCAAUGACAGCGUAACCACGCAGCUGUCCUCGGUGGAGACACGGUGCUCAUCUCUGGAGAGUGCGCGAUAUCCAGAAACCCCAGCCUUUUCUUCUCAAGAGGAGGAAGAUGGGGCCUGUGCAGCUGCUGAGCCCACCAGCAGCGGCCCUACCGAGGGGUCGCAGGAGUCCAUUUGCACUCCAGGCUCUUUACCUGCUGUGCAGGUGCCCAGUAGGGAAGAGGAAGGGCCAGGGGCUGAAGCUGCUGCUUUAUCUGAGCAGGGGGAGCUGGGGGAGGUCUGGCAGAGGAGGGGGAGUCUGGAGGGAGCUGCUGCUGCUCCUGCUGCUGCUGACACCGAGAGCCAGCCCCAGGAAGAUGGGGAUGCUGGGGACACCCAAGGUGCCUGCGAAGGGGCCACUGCCCAGGAGGAGGGCGCCACUGGAGGUUCCCAGGCCAAUGGCCACCAGCCCUUGCGGUCACUACCUUCAGUGCGGCAGGACGUCAGCCGGUACCAGAGGGUGGACGAGGCUCUCCCACCAAACUGGGAGGCGCGCAUCGACAGCCACGGCAGGAUCUUCUACGUGGAUCAUGUAAACAGAACCACGACGUGGCAGCGGCCGACAGCUCCUCCUGCCCCACAGGUCCUGCAGAGAUCUAAUUCCAUACAGCAAAUGGAGCAGCUGAACCGGCGUUAUCAGAGCAUCCGCAGGACCAUGACUGACGACAGGCCUGAGGAAAAUGCCAGUGCUCUGGACGGGGCAGGGGAGGAAGCCGACUUCCACCAAGCCAGCGCAGACUUCCGCCGGGAGAACGUCCUGCCUCACUCUACCUCCAGAUCCAGGCUCACGCUGCUGUUACAGUCACCCCCUGUGAAGUUCCUCAUCAGCCCAGAGUUCUUCACUGUGCUGCAUUCUAACCCUAGUGCCUACCGCAUGUUUACAAACAACACGUGUCUGAAGCACAUGAUCACCAAAGUCCGGCGGGACACCCACCACUUUGAACGCUAUCAGCAUAACAGGGACCUCGUGGGAUUCCUGAACAUGUUUGCGAACAAACAGCUGGAACUGCCGAGGGGCUGGGAGAUGAAACAUGAUCAUCAGGGCAAGGCAUUUUUCGUCGACCACAACUCCCGAACCACCACGUUCAUUGACCCUCGGCUCCCGCUCCAGAGCAGUAGACCCACAAGCGCGCUGGUUCAUCGGCAACACCUGACGAGGCAACGCAGCCACAGUGCCGGUGAGGUAGGAGAAGACUCUCGGCAUGCGGGACCACCAGUUCUUCCCAGACCGUCCAGUACAUUCAAUACAGUCAGCAGGCCGCAGUACCAGGACAUGGUUCCAGUGGCCUACAAUGACAAAAUCGUUGCAUUUUUGCGUCAACCCAACAUCUUUGAAAUUCUCCAAGAGCGUCAACCUGAUCUUACUAGAAACCACUCACUCAGGGAGAAGAUACAAUUUAUCCGAACUGAAGGGACCCCUGGAUUGGUGCGGCUUUCCAGUGAUGCAGACCUGGUCAUGUUACUGAGCUUAUUUGAGGAAGAGAUAAUGUCAUAUGUGCCUCCACAUGCCUUACUCCACCCCAGCUACUGUCAGUCCCCGCGAGGUUCUCCUGUGUCAUCUCCCCAGAACUCACCAGGUACUCAGCGUGCCAAUGCCCGGGCGCCAGCCCCUUACAAGAGAGAUUUCGAAGCCAAACUAAGGAACUUUUACAGGAAGUUAGAAACGAAAGGAUAUGGACAAGGCCCAGGGAAAUUAAAGUUAAUUAUCCGAAGGGACCACCUGCUGGAAGACGCUUUCAAUCAGAUUAUGGGCUACUCCAGAAAAGACCUGCAGAGGAAUAAACUGUAUGUCACCUUCGUCGGGGAAGAAGGGUUGGAUUACAGUGGGCCUUCCAGAGAGUUCUUCUUCCUGGUAUCCAGAGAACUCUUUAACCCCUAUUAUGGCUUAUUUGAAUAUUCAGCCAACGACACAUACACAGUACAAAUAAGUCCUAUGUCUGCUUUUGUAGACAAUCACCAUGAAUGGUUCCGGUUCAGUGGGAGGAUCCUCGGUCUUGCACUAAUACAUCAGUAUUUAUUGGAUGCCUUCUUCACGCGACCCUUCUAUAAGGCUCUUCUCAGAAUCCUGUGUGACCUGAGCGAUCUAGAGUACCUUGAUGAGGAGUUCCACCAAAGCCUUCAGUGGAUGAAAGACAAUGACAUCCACGACAUCCUAGACCUCACGUUCACUGUGAACGAAGAAGUUUUUGGACAGAUCACCGAACGAGAGUUAAAACCAGGGGGAGCCAAUAUUCCGGUCACAGAGAAGAACAAGAAGGAGUACAUAGAGAGGAUGGUGAAGUGGAGGAUCGAGAGGGGUGUGGUGCAGCAGACCGAGAGCCUAGUCCGCGGUUUCUAUGAGGUGGUCGAUGCCAGGCUCGUGUCUGUCUUCGACGCACGGGAACUGGAGCUGGUCAUUGCGGGCACAGCUGAAAUAGACCUCAAUGACUGGAGGAACAACACCGAGUACAGAGGCGGGUACCAUGACAAUCACAUCGUAAUUCGGUGGUUCUGGGCUGCUGUGGAGCGAUUCAACAAUGAACAGCGACUCAGGUUGUUGCAGUUCGUUACCGGCACAUCCAGCAUUCCCUAUGAAGGAUUUGCUUCUCUCCGAGGGAGUAAUGGCCCAAGAAGGUUCUGUGUGGAGAAAUGGGGAAAAAUCACCGCUCUUCCCAGAGCCCACACUUGCUUUAACCGCCUGGAUCUUCCUCCAUACCCUUCCUUUUCCAUGCUCUACGAGAAGCUCUUGACAGCGGUUGAAGAGACCAGUACCUUUGGCCUGGAGUGACCCGGGAGCGUGAUGCUCAGCUCUUCGGGGACAGGCAGUGUCAGAAGCCGGCCUUCAGAAGAGUGGCAGAGCACUGGAAAUCCCAAGCCUAGGGUUCCAUUAGAACAAACUUGAGUGCUGCUCUUCGGAACACGUGCUUGUUGGUGUGUUUGGGGACUGGCUGUGAGUCCUCUGGCAAGGAUUGGGGUGAGCUCGGUGCCCAUGGAACAACCCAACAGUCUUUCGGUCAACAGUUCCUGACUGCCAAACCUUUCCCAUUUGUUAUGUUUGAAGAUAAAGGGGAACCCGCACAUGAUCAACUCCAUGGUGACUUUUAGGGCCUUGGGAGAAUCUUGACACUCUCCUGUACACAUACUUCAAGCCAAACUGGCAGCCCUUGACCCCAUUUCUAAAUUAGUGCAAGUGAGAGAAUAACAUAAAAAAUUAUCUAUUUCCUGACAGUACCUUUGUUUAAGCCCUAAGUUAUAACAGAAUAUUCAUUUCUUGCUUACGAGUGCCUGCAUGGAGUGCACUAUAGGUUUCAUCAUUCACGGGACAAGGGUGAAAAUGAAACCAAGUCAGUAUGAGGUAACUUUAAAGAUUUGCAAUAAGGUGGUCUGUAACAAUGUAUAUGCAAGUGGUGUGUGUGUACUUCUGGCUGAAGACAAGCUGUUAUUCAAUGAAUUCACUAAUGACAGAUUUUAUGCUUUAUAAUGCAUGAAAACAAUUUUAAAAUAACUAGCAAUUAAUCACAGCAUAUCAGGAAAAUGUACACAGUGAGUUCUGUUUAUUUUUUAUAGGUUCAUUAUGUUUCUGUUCUUGAAAAUGUAUAUAAGGACCUACCUACCAUGUUGUACGUACCACCUCUCCAUUUUCAUGUUCCAUGCUUACUCGGGCAUCUUGCUAGUACGUAUCCUUUGAAGCACGCUCAAGGGAACUAAAAGGGCCUUUUAUUUUUAUAAAGGUUAAAACAAUUCCCCAGAAUAUUUUGCACUGAACGUACCAAAGUCGAAGGGACAUUACAGUGUGACUAACAGCCGCGCCGUCACUUGAGGGGUACAACAGAAGCAGCUUCUAAAUCAGACUUCCUUCACAGUACCGUGUCAGCCACUGCAAGGACUGUGCAUCUAAGUAAUAAUUUUUUAAGACUCACAAUAUGUGAUAAUAUGAUGUGCAUUUAUUUCAAAUGCAUUAGAUUCUCUUCCAUCCAUCAAAUACUUUACAGGAUGGCAUUUAUUACAGAUAUUUCAUAUUCCCCCCACUGCUUUUUAUUUGUACAGCAUCAUCGAACACUCAAGCUUGGUUAGGGAGCCAUUGGCAGUGCCGGAGAGAUCAGCUCUCUUAGGAGUAAGAAUUCCACUUUCCCUCAUCGGUGAAGAUACCAUGGAUUGAAACUCUCAGUACUAUAUUUCUAAGUCUGCAUUUUCACGGAUGCAUAAUUUUUCUUAUUAAUAUCAGGAAAAAAUUUUUCUAUGGUCUCUCAGAAACUGCAUGACAUCCCCGACAAGACUUCUUAAUUUGAUGAAAGGAUUUCCUUCAUUUUAAUUGCUUGGGGGACUGUCCCAUGCCAUUGUUUGUUCCUUGAUUUGUGACAUAACUAAUCAGACACACAAUACUUUGAAGUGGAAUUGAGGGUGGGAAAACCAUUGGAUUAACAUUCAGUUUGCCUGUCUGGGGGGUUACAGGCGUUACCUGAACAUUGCUUUGAGAAUCUUGUUUGUAGGUGUCAUGGGCUUCCUGUUGUGGGAUGGGGGUGACUUUACAUUUCAUGGGGCUCCGUGCACAGUCUGCCGAGGUGUUUUGUAAGAACAGUCACUCUCCUGCUAGUUAAGCUGUGUUUACUGUUGGGACCCUCAAGAGGAAUGGCAUCUUAUGUUGUGUUACUGUGUUAAAGAUAAGUACUGGAUGUGGGAAAAUGUUCCAGGAGAAAAAAAAUGAUAGGAACCUGGAGAAGAUAUAUAGAAUAUUUAUUUGUAUACCAUAAUUGGGCCAGAAAAAAAGAUCGACUAAAACUUUUUGACUGGAAUUAUUAGUUUGUACUUAUUUGUCAUGAAUACAAGUAUAUAUUUAAUUUUUGCAAACUUCUUUUUCUUGUUUGUGUUUUUUCAUCAUAAGGAAAACAGCACAUUAACAUACUUUUAAAAUCACACUUUGAUGCAUCAGAGCAGUCCCUAAUGGCUGUCACAGGGGCUAGUUAAGAGAAAGCUGCCUUUCUUUCGGAAAUACAUUGACAGACCGUGUUAAUGUUCAUUUGGUUUAAGAAGCUUCGCCACCCACAGAAUGCCACAUUGCUAGCAGAAGAUAUGUGAAACAAAUUGUACCUCUUUAUUUCUAAUUAAUGUUACUAAUGCUAUUGUUGUUGACACCAGGGCAGCCAACUUCUCGAAUAACCAUUUUGAAUGUACUCAGGCAUUCUUAAAGUAGUACAAUUUAGUCCAGUCGGCACUGUCCUGAGAAUUGGGAAUUAUCAAAAUUGUAGCUAGCAUAUCAGAAAACCAGAUAACCUAUCUGUUAUUCUUCAUGGGUAAAACAAAAAGCACACAAUAAUAGCUCUAUAAAAGUUAAACAACAUAGCCACAGAAUAAAUUAGAUGCUAUUGUACUCCACAAUCAGAAGUAUUCAUAAAUAUGUUCUUCUGGACUGUGAACCCCACUACUUGGCCCUUUGGUUUUGUUUUAAGAAAUUUGUAAGUGAUGCUACUAACCCUGUAAAAGACAGUUUUGAUACCCCAUGUAUGAGUACCGUCUUUCAGAGCGCAGGCACACCGUUGGCAUUCUCUCCCUGCCAGUCACUUCGUUUGAUGAUGGAGCUACAAGAUUCUGAAUCUGGCCUUCAGAAAGACACUUAUAGUUGACUAGAGGGGGCAUUAAGUGUCCAAAACAAUUUUAAAUAAAAGACAAAGUUCUACAGUUAAUGAAGAGAGACUAUCCUAUUCCACUCCAGAGGCUUGGUUACAGCUUCAUGUGUGUGAAACUGUGUAGCUAAAAGAUAUCGUCAUAUAUGUGCUAUUUCUCUUGGUAACUACAAGGGUGUCAUAGAAUAUUAAUGCUGGUAAGUCUUGAGACCCAAAAUGCACUCAUAACAAUGAGGAUUUAAAGUCUGUAGGUGGGGGCUGAGCUGUGAAGGAACAAGUCAAGGAUCUUCAAAUUAUCAAAGAAAUGCCAAAAUGAAGUCUGAAGAUUUCCUCCAGUCCCUGCGCUACACAUACGUCCCAUUUUCAGUGUGAAAUAUCACAGUUCCUGAGCCCAAACUACAUGUGGGAUCACAACAUUUUUUCUUGUGUACAAAAUGAAUGGAAGUCACAGUUUUCUAUUAUAUGUUGUAUUUAUACCUCAACUGUGUCAAAAAGACACAGUUGAAGUAGAGAAGGAAUACAUUUUGCAAAAUCAAAGUUCAUCUCCUCCAGACAUUCUCAUUAAAUUAAACUCUAGUUUUCAUGACUGAGAUCUGUUCACAGCCACCAUGAUGAAAAGGCCCUGAAGCUGGUGACUGUAGGUAUGUUUGCACAGUGCUGAGGUGUUUCACAGUGCCUUUGAGUGCAUUCUCUUUUGGUCCCAGUGCUUGCUUAGGGAGAAGUAUCAAGCUUCCUCUGGGAUCAGCCUGGUUUCAUGAGUCACUGGUGAGAUGGGUCUUCCUACUUUGUUGUUAUGAUCCUGGUUUCAUCUCAAGAAAUAGGAAGGCUAAUGUUUGUACUCAUGUACUCGACGUUCAGAUGCUUUACUUUCCCAAACUCUCACUUUCUUAAACACACUUCAAAUGUGGCACUCCUGCAAAGACCCCAGAGAAAGGAGUGUGUUCAUGGAAAAGGCUCUUGACAGAUGCAGGCUUUAUAUUUACUGCCUGUGGAAGGAACUGAAGGCAAAUCUGAUUGUGUCUGGUGGCUUUGUGCAGCACGGGAGUUUGGCUUCCUUGGGAUAAUGUAGAAGCAAGAGAAAAGGUACCAACCAGAGGCCUGACUUCCAUUAUUAAUUUUUGAUAAACCCGAGUCUUCAGAGGCCUGGCUGCUGAAUCCCAGUGACAUGGAGGAAGGGACCACCCAUAGUUCUGUUUUUGCUCCUGUCUUCCUGAUAUUGGUUCAAAUGACUUUUUUUCUACUUUUUUGCACAAAGCUACUUCUAAUAAGGAACAUAAUUUAUAAUGAGGAGUCUAGAAUUUUAUUCAAUUUAACUUCAUUCAGGAAAUUUCAGGCACAGGCAAUGAGGCCAUUUUAUCGUUAAAAGGCAUCACUAACCCCACAUCAGAAGCAAGGUGCAGUUGAAGGAUACAGCCUAACCCCCUGGCUACAGUUGCGAUUCAGGUCAGCUGUUGAUGAGUGGCAUCCUCAAUCAGCCAUCCUACUUCCGUGUGACUUGACUUUAAAUGAAUGGGAAUGUCCCUUGGCAGCAAAUUCUAAUCCGAAGAAUUUAUUGCCUUUGUAGUUAGUUCUGUUGCAUUUCCAGAUAGUUCGUCUGGCACAGAAGCAAAGGAAUGCCAGAGACAGUAGAGGUUUCUGAGCUGUCACUUAAGGUCAACCACUACCAUUAACAGGGCGAUUAAAGAUAAAAAGUAGAGAAGAGAGGGCUGGAGGCUCUACCACCCUACUGAUCUACUUCUGACUGCCGUCAAGAUUCAGAAGUAACAACUGCAUUCCAAGGAACCGGCAUUAUGGAUACAAUGAAUGUGUUUGGCUCUGUCAGAGCCAUCAAGGUUAGGAAUGAAGACACAUUGAAGAUCAUAGAAUAGCCAUGGGAACAAUGAGACAAUGGCACAAACAUCAUCAGACUCAGAGCAUGCUAGCGGGGGUAGGAAUGUGUUCCAUUUUGAUUUCUGAGUUUGGAGAACAAUGCUUUCAUGUUUAGUGAAGGCACUGAUUGGCCAUCUACCUGGUGGGAAAUACCCUUGUUGUAUGAUUUCAGUGGGCUAGUAUUUCCUGUAUUGCAAAAUGUCAUUUAGUCCCAAAGUAUUAAGGCUAACCAUAGCUUUAUCAGGAAGUUCAACAGUUCGCAUUAAAUUAUUACAGUUUUGUUUUAACUCGAAAGUUAUUGUUAGUACUAUCGGACACUAUCUGUGAAAGAAAAAGUGCUUUUAUUUAGUUACGCUUAAUUUGUUUUUACAGCAUACGUUCACAUAACUCUUGAGACGUUCUCAUUCUCAAAGCAGCUAUCUAAUGUUGAGUUAAACAUUCCCUAUUAAUCUGGGAAGCAAAAUCCUAAGUGUGAGGUUACUGAAUUGCAAAAGGAGACCUAAUGAGUGUUUCCUGUUGAAGAAGUUAAUCAAGACAGCAGAUACAUUUGCUUCGAUUUUGAUGUUCAAGGUACUUUAUUCAGAUUUCAUGACUGAAUAGCUCAACAGAACAGGAUGGCUCUAGCUGUAUAUGAUUUUUAUGUCUGGUGGCCUUGGGCAGGUGAUAUCUUCAAAUACAAUUUUCUUUUAAGAUAUUACAACCCUGAGGAGUGUUGAUAGGUUUGUUGUAUGAUUCAAACUGAAUCAGCUAUUACUGGUGUGGGUAAGAAAUCAUCAGUAAAUUCUGGUAAUUAUCACCUUCUGUAAAAAAAGGGAUGGGUAAUGUUCAAGAAACACCUUGGAAGGGUGAACCAGGAAACACACAGAACAGAAUGUUCUGUUAGGACCUUAAUGCCCUAAGAUAUAUAAUUACAGCUUAUUUUUCUUUAUGUAAUAUCAUAAGUAAAAUAUGGGGGCUGUUAGCACAUUGGAAAGUGCGUAAGAUUACAUGUUUUUAUAACAGGGAUGCAGGCAUUCCAAAAUAAAUGAAUAAAAAUACAUGCAUCUCUCUUGCCUCUUACUGAAAGUAUUAAUCUAAUUUUAUAAUAAUGCUCACUUUUUAAUAUCAAGGCUCUGUAAAAAAUGUUUUAUUUCUAAGAUUUCAGUAGAGCACAGGUGGUGUAUUUUUUAAGCCUUUCCUCUCCACCAACUCCACUCAUUACAUCCACUAUACCAUAGACCACAGUGAAUAGUUACAUUUCUGCUUUGUUGAGUGGAUUUAAGCUUUGUAUUUAUUCAGUGUAACUUUUAAUAGAGAAUAAUAAUGGGAGGUAUUUGAUAUUAGAAUUAAGAUUAUACAGCCCUCAUUUUACCUUCCAUUUACAUUUUUUAAAGGCACAUAAUAAAGGUUGUUGGUAGCCACCCUAGAAAUGGUUCGUGAGUGGCAUUACGUGAGGCAUAGGACUGAACUGUGGACCAAUUGUUCAUUUUCUGGGAAGUCUGUAUUCUUAUCCUCCCCUGGGCCCCCCAACUCUUGUGUUGUAUUUUUUAUGAUUAUGAAAUGCUUUGACAGAAAGAUAUUUUAAUGUGUACAAUUUGUUUUAUUUUCAUACUGAUCUCUAUUUUUGUUUAAAACCAUGUUACAUCAUGAAAUCACUUAAUCAAAAAUAAAUCUUCUUUUAAAAAAUGAA